GUCCCUGGACAAAGGGAGACUGGAUCAGAAGGAACACACCUCCCUCUCCCCCUUCCCUGGAGAUACCUUAAGACCCCCAAAAUAGUCAACAGCCUGAAUGCUUCUCAUUGAGCCUCUGGCCCAGAUUCACCUUUUGCCCUGGCUUGGCACAAUGGCAGAAGACCUUCCAACUCAGGAGAUGCUGACCUUUGAGGACGUGGCCGUCUCCUUCUCCUCAGAGGAGUGGGAGAUGCUGAAAGACUGGCAGCGGGAGCUCCAUUGGGAGGUGAUGAUGGAGAAUUACAAGAUGCUGAUCUCGCUGGGGAAUGAUCUCUACCUCCUUUCCUCUAACGGAAUGUUCUGGAACACUACGGAUGAUGAAAGUACCCCUGUGGAACAACAGGCAAGUCCAGCGGAUGGCACUUCAUCCCAUCCAAGCCUUGAACAGCAAACAGACCCCGAGGAUGAGUUUGUGCCCCAGCGGCAGCAGGAGAAGCAGCAGCAGCUCCCCAUCCUAGAAGUGGCCAUCCCUGCUGGGGGUCCCUAUCCCUGUCCCCUUUGCGAGCAGUUCUUCCGGGGGAAGAAGGAACUGGACCGACACCAGAGGAGCAUCCAUUUGGGGGACAAACCCCACGCCUGCGCAGAAUGUGGGAAGGCAUUCCGGGACAAGAGCGACCUCCGGGUCCAUGAGAGAAUCCACACAGGGGAGAAACCCUUUGCCUGUGACGUGUGCGGGAAGUCUUUCCGGGAGAAGAGCAAGCUCAUCGUCCACCAGAGAAUCCACACCGGGGAGAAACGCUGCAUAUGCCAGGAGUGCGGGAAAAGUUUCAGGGACAAGCAUUACCUCAGGGACCACCAGAGAAUCCAUGCGGGAGAGCGGCCCUAUCAUUGCGAGGAGUGUGGCAGGAGCUUCCGGACAAGGAGCCACUUUACUCUCCACCAGAGGAUCCACACAGGAGUGAAGCCCUACGUUUGCAACGACUGCGGGAAAACCUUUGUGCAGAAAAGCAAUCUCAUGAGUCACCAGAGGAUCCACACGGGAGAAAAACCCUUCCCUUGUGAGGAAUGCGGGAAAACGUUCAGGGACAGGAAAACGCUGCGGUACCACCGGAGGAUCCACCUGGGCGAGAAGCCCUACCCGUGCCAGGACUGCGGGAAAACGUUUCGGGACAAGAGCAGCCUGACCGUCCAUCAGAACAUCCACACCGGAGAGAAGCCCUUCAUAUGCUGGGAGUGCGGGAGGAGCUUCCGGGAGAAAAUGUACCUGAAAGACCACCAGAGGAUCCACACCGGGGAGAAGCCCUUCCCUUGCCAGGAGUGUGGGAAGACCUUCCGGGCCAAAAGGACGCUGAAGUACCACGAGAGGAUCCACACGGGAGAGAAACCCUUUGCCUGCCUGGAUUGCGGGAAAACCUUCCGAGGGAAGAGCAGCCUGACCGUUCACCAGAGGAUCCACACCGGAGAAAAGCCCUUCAUGUGCUGGGUGUGCGGGAGGAGCUUCCGGGAGAAGGUCUACCUCAGAGAGCAUCAGAAGACUCACCUGGAGGAGAAGCCCUACCCGUGCGGAGACUGCGAGAAGAGCUUCGUCCACAAGAACCAUUUGAUGCGGCACCAGAAAUUCCAUGUGCCUUUCCCACUGCAGUGACUACAGGGAGGGUUGUGAGAACAGUUUUGAGAGAUCCAUGUGCAAAGAUGAGUUCAGAUGGAUUCUCUGGUUUGUUUUCAACCUGCACAGAGGUUUCCUCAGAUCUAGGCUGUAUGUUGGGGCAAACAGAAUUUGUACCCCGAUUAUAGGAACAGCUUCACAUAAUCUACUAACAAGUAUGUGGUCAGGUGGGUUCUCCGAUUUGUUUUCAGCUUGCCCCUCCAGCAGAGGUUUCCUCAGAUCAAGGCUCUAUGGUGGAAUGAACAGAAUUUGCAUCCCAUUGCAAUGAAUGACUGCAGGAAGGGUUAUACGGCUUCAGAAAAUCCACCCACAAAAAUGUGGUCCUGUGGGGUGUAUUCUGUCUGCUGUUCCAACACAAGAAGUGUCCUCAGAUCUAGGCUCUGUAUGUAAAGAAUUUGCACUCUGCCACUGCAAUGACUGUGGAGGCGUUUAGGGGGCUUCAGAGAACCCA